UUUAACGUGCCUCGUGGUUAUCGGAUCUGACGAUAUAAUAUUGUGAAGUUGAUUUUUCGACUGUGUUUAUCUAGCAAAGGCGAUCAAUAAGAUUGAGGUUCAAGGAAUGAUGUCUAAAGAUACAAGGGGUGUUAAUUGAUAUCGUAUUGCAAAUAAAACUUGUGCUACGCGAUAGAAUAUUUUAUAGUCUUAUGGAUAUAGAUAUGUUUUUGAUAUUGACAAAAAUUGGGAAAGAAGGGGCAGAAAAUUAUCGUUUUGCGGCUGUAGAUUAUUUUUUGUCCCACCCAUGGUACAAAGAACGGCCUUUGUAGAUAUUCAGCGAUAUCUUCCUGUCUCGCUUGAACGUUCCUGUUCUUACUGUUUUGUUUCUCUCUCUUGUACGCAUACUCAGCUUGUACACUCUCCUACAAUGUUGCCAGAGUUACGAGGAAAAAUACAGAUGUGAAAGUUCAAAGGAAGAUUAGUCACGUUAGUGACUAUUCUUGAAAAUAAAAAGACAAUGUAAUUGUGCAUACAAGCACUGAAUACUCAGAAUUUUCUUAAAUCCAAUUCAAAAUUUAUAUCCACAUUCUCGAAUCAGCAUACUUUAAACAUUACCUUGAAGGAAGAACAUACUGACAGGAAGCUUUAACAGAAAACUGAAUGUAUUUGUAAAUUAUAUUAGUAAGAUAUACUCUUCUUUUUACAAAGGGAUGAGCGUAAUUAUAUUUAGUGAAAUGAAAGAGAUAUUUUCUGGAGAUCCUUAAUCGCAGGAGAGAACGUCGCAUACAUAUUUUUUGCGCAGAUGUAAGAAAUUGGGAAAAGGAGGCGGCAUAGAAAAGGAAUGCGUAGUUGCUUUGCCUCUGCUUUUACCUAAGGAUCAGCCGCAUAGCCGUAGGUACCCUGGGAAGCGUGGGUAUGGUGGGUAGAGACUCUGUGCAUGCAGUAAAAGAACAUGUAAUGCGAGUCGACUUUGUGAUCGAACCGGCAACGUUGGACGGUCACGAUCCAGGAACGCGCUGCUGUAUAUCACAGCUGUUUAACUUCGAAACGGAGACCAUCCUCUGGUUGCUGAGCCAGCAAUAUGGCAACCUUCCGGUUUUAGUCCUUUCAUUGAACACAUCGAUUUCCCCAACGGGCUUUAAGUUCCAGUAGUGUUCCGUCCAUUCGCGACGCGAUACGAGAUAACUACGAUAGGUGUGUUUUCCAAUGCGAAAAAAUAUCGUGUACGUGACUCUGAGCGCAAAUCUUUUUAUCGUUCCUAUCAGCAUUUGUUUUGGCCCUAUGUAUUGCGCCGUGCUAUGCUGCCAGUGAUAUUAUUGUGUGUGGGUAGAGGGCCAUCUCGUAUCAGGGUUUCAUAAAUACAAACUUAUUUAUAAUAUUUUUGAUUUGACGCUGUACCAAUAGCAUCUUGUGCAAGAUAUGUCUAAAGAGAAUGAUUUAUGUAGAUGAUCAACAAUGUCAAAGGACGCUCUAUACAUCAGUUUAAAAAGAAAUAGAACUAAAGCAGUGAAACGGAAAUUCGAAGAUAUGGACUGUUUAUUCUCUCGUAACCAUCAUGGGAACUUAUUGUCAUAUAAACCACCUGGUCGUAUACCAUCACCUCCUAUCCAACCACCACCUCAUUCAAGGGAUAUAGUUGAUGGCAAUGAUUAUCGCUUUGAAGAAGCAAGAUUACGCAGCUACAGAAAUUGGCCAUUGGAUUAUAUGGAUCCUGUCAAGUUAGCCCAAGCUGGAUUUUACUAUACAGGAGAAGGUGACAAAGUCAAGUGCUUUGAAUGCCACGUUGAAAUAUGUCAGUGGGUAGAAGGAGACAAUCCCAUGGUUGAUCAUCAGAGGUGGUCAGCAAGGUGUAGGUUUAUCCGGAAAAUUCCAUGUGGUAAUGUACCUAUUGGCGUAGAUGCUGCUUCUAUCCCUCCACCUGCACCAAGAAGUCGAGAUGUAUGUGGCCCCUAUGGUAUUGAAUGUCGACUACAAUCGGGUCCAGAUACGUUUCCUGGGCCAUCAGAUCUUAAACUCCCAAGUUCGGCCAAACUAGGUAGUCUUGGUAUAGGGAAAUCAAAGGCACCUGCAUAUCCAGAAUACGUUAGCUACGAUGCAAGGCUAAAAUCGUUUGAUUCAUGGCCUAAAUGCAUGCCACAUAGUAAGGAAGAGUUGGCUAAUGCAGGAUUUUUCUAUACUGGCAAAGGUGAUCAGACAUUGUGUUACCACUGUGGUGGAGGUCUCAAAGAUUGGGAACCUGAAGAUGAUCCAUGGGAACAGCAUGCUAAGUGGUUCUCAAAGUGCUAUUACCUGCUCCUAGUAAAAGGACAGGAUUACAUCAACAAUGUCACAGGACUACAUAUGCCACCUCCAUCGAGAGAGGAGGCAAUGCAGAUGAAUCUUCCAAGUUACAUGAGAAUGCCUGAAGUGACAACGGCAGAAACUGCAAAAGCAUCAGCUCCAACACUAGAAUCAGCAGAAGCAGCAGAAUCUACAGAGGCAUCGACAAAGAGGUUCGCGACCCAAAGUAAUCCAGGUCCAAGCCAAUCCAGCCAAAGUAAUCCUUCCGACAGUGGAUGUAGCAGCUUAGAAUCAGAAGGUAGCAGUCCGAAAGAAGGAGCAGUUUUAAAGGCAUCACAUAACGAAGCCAUUGAUGAUGCGAGAAUGUGCAAAAUAUGUUACAAUGAAGAAUUGGGCGUGGUAUUUCUACCGUGUGGUCAUAUGGUUGCUUGCGUUAAGUGUGCACCUGGCAUGACAUCCUGCGCUGUAUGCCGUAAAUCAGUUGCCAUGGCAGUUCGCGCUUUCGUUUCUUAGUACCCAACAUUCCGUGAUUUCAAGAGGAUUGGAAUUGACCCUAUAUAAAUUGUAACAAUGCAAACACAUGUGCUGUUUUUAUUCUAAGGACAUACGGUUACUUGUCUUAAGUGCGCACCUGGCAGGACAUUACAUGUUAUAUACCAGGAGUGAAUGUUAUGACAGUGCCAGCUUUUCUCUCAUAGUAUUUCAUACUUUAUGGUGUACAGCCGCUUUCAUUGAAGAAAUUGCACUGCAUAUAUUAUAUAUGAGGUGUUCGCUAUCUUAUUGUAAGCUUUUGGCAUAACACCAUGUACAGUCGGUUACAAAAAUGAUUUAAAUAUAAUGCUGAUAUGACAUGACUCAUGUUACAUACAAGUUGGCAGGUACUAAAUGUCAAGAUCUACAUUCACUAGCACUUUCACUGUUACUUUCAAGAGAUUCUUUCCCAUCCAUUGUACAUUCGUCAUACUUGUGAAGCCAAGAUAGUGCCUGCAACUGCACUGCUGUUUGUCCAUCUACAUACUUUCAAAACGUGCUCAGGGCACUUCCCAUUCAAUGUGUAAUAUAAUAAGAAAAAAGAAGGACUAGAAAGGUAAUGAACAAACAAAUAGUAUAACAUGAUGUCUAGUCAUUUGCAGUUUACACAUAAAGUUAGAUGAUAGAAAUUGAGGAGGAAAUACAGAGGAGAAUCAUUUUUGUUGGACUGAAAAUAAUGAAUUCUUUAUUUCCAUGAGCAUGAAGAGAAGAGCUUUUUUAAAAUGUAUCUGGUGUAAGUAUCUUUCGUCAAUAUUUUCUAUUUUUUUUUAAGUAGUUUCUGUGAUUAUUAAAAUAUUUUUUUGUAAAUGGGUGAACAAUAGGUAUAUUACCGGACAAUUACAUAAAAACAAAGAUAAGUUGUUUCCCGUUAUAACCAGUGAAAUUUGAUACUACGAUGUGAAAAUGCGAAAGCAGUGUUAUUUCUGAUUACUGUUUUCGCACGAAUUCGGAACAAUUUUUCAUACGAUCUCAUCAACUAAUAAAUUUUCAUAAUAUAUUUUUAUUUUCUUAACUUUCGUUCAUCUUGAAGGUUGAGUCAUUAUAAUUUUGAUAAAUCGCUCAUAACAAUCAUGACAGUUCUAUUUUAGGGUUAAAUGGUUUAUGUACAUUUACAUUAACUACAUAGUUCGAUAGUCUAGAACUGAAUUGCACUAUAAAACUUGUAAUUAUAUCCGUAAAAUACAUACAUACAUAGAUAUAUAUAGCUAGCAGAAAAACAUUUUAAAUUUAUUUGACGUGGCACAUCGACGUCCAAAUUAAUAUUUCAUUAUCUUCAAAAUAAUUUAUUUGUUCUGGUUUCACAAGAACUGAACUUAAUUUGUUUCAAUAAUAAAUUCAGAAUAUAUCAUUUUCCAGUAAGAUACAGAGCAUAUUCAUAUUUUGAAAAAAUUUUUGUUUUUGAAACUGAAUUCAUUUGCUCAUUCCAAAGAGAACAUAAAAAACUUAAUUAUUCAAGUAGCACAACACAUUGGAAUAAAUUGAAAAAUUUAUUCAGUACAGUAUUAACGUCAAACUAUUGUUUACUUGCUUGAAUAUAUUAUAAAUAUGUACAGAAUGAGGCAAAUAAAGUGAUCCAAGAUAAUACAUUUCGUAUGAAAAACUCUGUACAAAAAUUCUAUCCUGACUCCCUCAGUAUACUAUUUCUUAUAUUUCGAUAUUCUCUUAUAUAAAAUUGUGUUUCGUAUCUGCACGUUUAUAUCACUCAAGCGAUCACAUUGUUUGAACCCUCUGAAUUAUAUGAUUUCUGAAUUUGUUGAAUAAUAUAAACAUAUACACAAUAGUUUUAGAGGGCAAUUAUAAUUUUUGGUUGUUAUUCUAAUUGGGGUAUCGUACUUGCUACAAAUAAUGUUAACAAACGUAUUAUUAAUCCCACCAAUUUUUAUAAACUAAUUAUCAACUUCGCACUCUAAUAGUUACUAUUUAUCAUCUAGUUAUAUUUACUAAAAUUAAACAUUGAGAUAAUGCAAGAAUAUUUUUAAAGGAAAAGCCUAUAAAGUAUGUUUUAGGAUGUAUAAAAAAAGACUAAAUGCGUAUUUCAUUUGAUAGUACCAUAUAUUAAUAGGUUAUAAUAAUUGAGUUCAAAAUUCAUAUACUAUAUCCAUACAUUUUUGUAUGCUGUUUGACUCUCAAACUUAUCGUUCAAUAUUAUAAUUCAACAAUACUUUCCUGUAUGAGCUAAUACCAUGUAAAUCAAAAUGUUAACUGUGAGUUACAUGAGGAUGAUACAAUCACGUCAUCUCUUGUAGGUCCCUAAUAGACUUUUAACAUCACCUAAAAAUUAUAACUAAAUAAUUUACCUUCGCGCGGACUGAUUUUAUUUUAUAAUUCCAUGCACAGUUAUGAAUGAAACGUACGUAUAAUAAUACUGUCAACAAUAUCAUGCACAAGAUUUAUUUUUUCUGUGAAUAUUUUUUAAUAUAAAAUUAAACAUGUCUAAAAUAAAGAAACCUAAAUAAAUUA